GAGGCGGUGCCCGAGCGCCAGGAGCCUCGGGAGCCCGAGGAGGCGGUAACGGCGGCUGCGGCCUCGCGGCAUCGGCGGCGGCGGCGGCGGCGGCUCCGGGUCCCUCCGCCCAGGCCGGGCCGGGCCCGGCCCGCGAUGCAGCCGGCGCGGCCCCGCUGACGAAGCCCGCCAGCCCAGGGAGUCAGCAUGCGGAGCGGCGAGGAGCUGGACGGCUUCGAGGGCGAGGCCUCGAGCACCUCCAUGAUCUCGGGCGCCAGCAGCCCCUACCAACCCACCACGGAGCCCGUGAGCCAGCGGCGCGGACUGGGUGGCCUCCGGUGCCACCCCGACUACCUGCGCCGCGCCCCUGGCCGCCUCAAGCUCGCCCAAGUGGUUUUGGCACUGAUUGCAUUCAUCUGCAUAGAGACUAUCAUGGAAUGCUCCCCAUGUGAAGGGCUCUAUUUCUUUGAAUUUGUGAGCUGUAGUGCAUUUGUAAUUACUGGAGUUUUGCUGCUUAUGUUCAGUCUCAAUCUUCACACAAGGAUACCACAGAUCAACUGGAAUAUUACAGAUUUGGUCAACACUGGACUCAGCACCUUCUUCUUCUUUAUUGCCUCUAUAGUACUUGCUGCUUUGAACCAUAAAGCUGGAGCAGAAAUUGCUGCUGUGGUUUUUGGCUUCCUGGCAACAGCAGUGUAUGCUGCAAAUACCUUCUUAGCUGUGCAGAAAUGGAGAAUGAACAUCCGACAGCAGAGUACCAAUGAAUACAUUCGUGCACGGACAGAAUCACGAGAAGUGGAUAGCCGUCCUGAGAUACAGCGUUUAGACACAUGAGGAGGACACUGAGUAGGACAAUGGGCUGGGACAGAAGUCACCAACAGAGAAAACGUCCUUCUCUCUCCUCCUUUUCCUGAUUUCCCCCCAAGCUCGCAGCAUCAUUUCCCAUCAUUUCAUCACAUCAAACUUUCAUGCAAUUUUAAAUUUUAUCCUUCUUAAGAAAAGAGUUGGCCGUGGCAGAGAGCGUUCUCAGUGCUCUGGUUAAGGAGCAUCACUUAAACCCUCAGAUGUCUCUGCUGAAACCCACAGAUCUCAACAGCUCUGGAGUGGCCACAGUACGACGGUGGCUGUUUUUCAACUUUUAACCCUAAUUCUGAGUGUAGGCUGCAUAUGGUUUCAUUAUCAAUUAGGAUUCUGUCAGAUACCUUCACGACAAGGUGUCAGGAGUUGGAGGGCAGGUAAAAAAUGUUCAAUGUGAUUACCUAGGAAAUAAGUUCAGGUGUGAAUGGCAUCAGUUUAGGUCAGUUAGCAGCCCUCAUGGGGUGACCACUGUGGGCAGAGAACUGUUGUAGUUGGUCACAGCCCAUGCUAUGUUUGACUGUUGUUAACUCCAUUUUUGCUGCCUGUGAAUAGCUGAGACAAAUUAUGAAGCAAAUUAUGGGAUUGAAGACUUUGAUUGCGUGGAAAGAAGUCAGCCAGAAUCUGUUGAGUUUGCAGUUAUGAAACCCUGGUAAUACCAUGGGGAUAGAAAGCACCCAGCAGUUGGGAUGAUGCGCUCUGUGUGGGUGGGGAACAUUUUAUUUCUGACCAUGACAGAAAGUCACUGUACCAUUUCCCAUCAACAACUAUCUCGAGUCUGAGCGGGGCUCAUCCUUCUCACAUUCCUACCUACCCAGAAUGCUGUGAGGCUGAAUUUGGAGAUUUUUCACAUGCAUUCAGAAUGCAGUUCUCCGCUAAACUGUUUCACCACUUUGUCCCAGUAAUCAUAGGUGGGAUGUUUGUGUAUAUUACAGUGUGUGUGUGUGUGUACACACAUACACGCGCUCUACAUGCAUAAGUGUCAGUGUCUGCACCACGCCAGAAUCAGUUCUUCAGCUGUGUCUUAGACCCCUUGUCUUUCAGGUUGUAGGAGUAUAUGAUGGUGCUGGAAUGAAUGUCUACCUAUGAUGAUCCCCUUUGAUCACAAGUAUUGUGCAUGACUGAUCCACCAAAUCUGGUUGAAACAAAGUUUUCCUUCAUCCAGAAAGAUUUGAGGGUAUCCCAGCUAGAUUAGCAUUCACAUUUAAAUGAAGAGUUUUCUUACAUACCAUGCCUUUUCAACACUGCAGGGAUCUAUGGUUUUGCAUCGGCGUGGGUCCUAUCUCUCUUGAUUGCAAAUUGCAACCUGUUCAAUGCCUUAAUGUAAGUUUUCAUGAGUUUCUGUGACUGAAAAAACUCCAUUUCCACGUGGUCUUCCUUCUGGUGAUGUGUCUUCCUCUGUCUGCUUCAUUUGACGGAUUCUCAGACGGCAGAUGUACAGCCUGACUCUGAGCCUUCAGGCAGAAUCCAGAAGAUUUUGAUUUGCUAUAGGACCUGCGAAAGUGGGCUCUGCUCACUUGAAGAGCCCAGGUUUGUCUCCACACUACAAGGAGUCGUUAGACUAGGACUUAGUAGGAGUUUACUGUACAUAGACUGUCUAUUCCCAAAGAACUAAGUAUACAAUAAAAUAACCCAUAAUACAGUCACACAUUCAUUCAUCAAAUAUUUAUUAAUUUUAAUGCACUGUGCUUUGCACUUGGGGAGUUAAAAAGAUAAAUAAAACAGUCUUUGCCCUAAAGGAUAUUCUUUCUUGGAUCCAAAAGUCAUUCCAAUAUAGGCCUCAGAGUUUUGUUUAUGAACAAAGAUAGGUUCCUAUCAUACAAUAUUUAGAAAGUUCUAUUUAGGUUUUCUUUGUUUGGAUUCUGGAAUUUAUAGAGAAUGAAUAUGAAUCUUGAAAUUGAUGCAAUGUAUCAGAUCUUCUUGAAGAGAAUAUCUACGGAGUAGGGAAAAACACCAUUUAAUUUGCUUGAUUGUCAUAGUUUAGAUUGAUUUAAAUGUUUACAAAUCUCUUUCUAGCUUGACAUUCAGUAUUUGCCAAGAGAAAAAACAUUUCCUGUUGCUCAAAGAAUCUGAAUUUUUCCACUAAAAUGGAGAGUUUCUCUGGCAUUCAUUUACUGAAAGAUUUACUGUAGAGGUCCAGCUCUGUGUGUUAGGUGUGGUGGAACACGCACACCUGUGUCCUGCAUGAUGUAAAUGCAUUUCCUUCAUUGCAUAUUUUACUUAGUAGGAUUUUAUUUUGUGAAAUUGAUAAAAUUACCCAUUUUCUAUUUGAAAGUAUGUCACUUUAAUGUUAAGUUUCACAACCUCGUCUGACAGUUAGCUUCAGCUUUAAUGCUCCAUUAUUAAGUAGGCAUUCAUGGUGCAUUCUCCACUUAGAUGGCCUGUGCAGUAUCUCCAGAUCAUUGCAUCUAACUCUGGGGAGAAUCGUGUUGGAGAUUCCUCACCGAAAGAACCCUGGGUGUCUCCACUCCUAUAUGAGCCCAGCCUGGUAAUAUUAAUGCUUGUUUGACAACAUUUGAUUUAACUUUAACACUGACUUUAGGAAGAGUGUGACAUCUGGAGCUAAUCUUUUCGUUCCACUGCAAAGUGACUAGACUCUCAUGUGCUUAAAUAAUGCUCUUUUGGGUUGUUGGUUUUUGGAAUGUUUAGAACAGAACAGAAUUGUGCCUCUCACCUAUUACAUAACUUCAAAUUCACUUCAAAGGACCAUUCCAACCUGUUGCUUUUCAUUAACUAUGGCUUAUUUUCAAGUUUCUUCUACCAAGGUUAUGCUGUGUUCUUAGUAGAAAGCUACCUUUGAAAUCAAAUGUAGGGAGAAUACCAGACAGGACAAUGACUAGAGUUUUCUCAAGUGAUUUGAAUGUAUACAGUUUGCCAUUAGGAAAAGUAGGAUGACUUUUAAGGAUGGGAGAGAGUGGAUUAUGAAGCAAAUAGAGUGUAAAUACCUUAAAAAUAUGAAUCCAGUCUAUGGAAAGUCUUGAUCUUUUGAUAGAUCACAGAGUUAGAAAUUAUGAAGUAUAUAAUUGUGUACCAGUGAUAGAAUUGUUGGAAGUAUUUAUUUUCUUACAGUUAUUUUAAAAUCCUUUUUUGCCAUGGAAAGAACUACGUGGGGUUUGUGUAUGUAUUUCCUUGAAAUUGACUAGUGAAUAGGAAGAAAAUAAAACGUGUUUUAAAUACAGUAUAAUGUACAAUCAUAAUUUAAAUAUGGAGCAUGUGAUCAGUAAAGGUGGUCUAGUCUAGGAUGAGGAGAAUGCACUGGCAUUCCUUCUAUUAUGAUUCUUAUAAACAGACAAUGAAGGCUGGAUAUAAAUUUGAAACUGAAAAUGAAUAUUUUACUGGUUAAAAUCCUUAUCUGAAUAAAACUUAAUUUGAAUGGCACCUUCUUAAACUUAUUUUCCACAAACCCUGGAUUAAAGAUAUUUUUGUUGUAGUUUUUUAGGUGUUAAAAAGUUGAAGGAAACUGGUCAUGCUUUUCAAUAUCUCCUGAGUUGGCAGAUUUGACCUUAGGAGAUAAAUUCAAUUUCAGUAGUCUGCAGUUUCUUUUUUAAUAACUUUAGCCAGCUGCUGUAAACUAGUUAGUGUGCUGGCUUUCUGAAUGUGGGAUCUCACAUAGCUUUAGAAGUCAUAAAUUGUGGACUGGGCAUUAGAGAUGUCAUUCAUAAAACUACUUUUAUUUUCAUAGCAAAAAUUGAAAAAAGAUACAUUCCCUCUUUUCCUUUAGAUGACUGAUAUAGUCUAGUUCUUUCCCCAUUUCCAAAUUAUAGCAUUCAAACAUGUAUAAUUUUUUCCUUUGGCCUUUCUUUAGCUUAUGGUAGGAUGAGAAGAAUGUCCCUUCUUUUUUUUUUUUUGUCUAGAGACCCCAUAGUCUCACAAACAUGUUGGACUGUUCCUGGAUCCAAAUAAAGAUAGAAAAAGACAAAUACUCUUACAGCUAAAGUUACUUAAAUUGGGUAUAAUACAAAAUAAGUUAAAUGAGAUAUUUUUUUAAAAGCCCAAUUAACAGAGGAAUGUCUCUACAAGAACCAUGUACAGACUGAGCUGUGGAAUAAGUUGCUGUCCAUGUUGGUUGAUGGCACAUACACACCCAAAAGAUCUUGGAUCUCUUUUAAACCUUAUUUUUUAGGAAGAAGUGAAGAAGAAAUUGGUUCUCAUUCUUAAACACCCAUUUCUCUAUGGAUUUGUUCAGUUUAGAUAUGCUUAACUGUAAAACAUUCUAGAAGAGGCAGACAAUCUGACCCUUGCUUAAUGCCUAUCUUUCCUUGGCCACUUCUGUCAUCUCUCUUCCUGGACAUUUUUUCCUUCUCUUAACUGAUGUCUCUUUGCCUCUCUGUGUUAAGACUGCAUAAGAUGCUUUGAGUAUAACUCUGUUUGGUUCAGUUAGGAACUAUUUUGUGGUCUCAGAGAUUGAGGUUUCAUUCCAUCUUUUUGUGUGAUUCAGACUUAGGUUGAACCACAGAUGGUCUCUGUGGAGAUGAAGCAUGAAGUGUUUUGUCUGCACAAAUAUGUGAAGUCUCAUUUGCAAUGAAUCAGCCGUAAAGGAAGGGGACUAUUUAGUUCUUUUCUUUUCCCCUAAAUUGCUUCUAUGAGCCUUGAAUAACCAUCAAGUCCUGCAUGACUAGAAUUUCUGUAUACUCUGGUAAUGGUAGAAUCUAAAAUUAUAGUUUUGUUGAAGAAGAGUCCUUAGAUCUCCAAUUUUUUUUAAAGAGAAUAGAUCAAAGUUACUUGUAUCCCAUCGCCAGGAUAUACAGAGUUUCCAUUAUUAUCCCUAUGAUUUGUGUCAGCAGCAGAGUAGGAAACAUGUGUGACUUUGGUCCCAUUUUGAUUACUUCCUCCUUGGCAACCCCAUUUUGCCAUUUCUCCCUCUCUUGUUAGAAACAAAAAGAGGCCUUGAAAUUAAACUGUUGAGUUGUGACAGCCACUUCAGCUGGUUUCUCCAGACCUUAUUCAUAGGAUUAUCUGAAAGAAAGAGAGUGACAUUAAACAGAGAGUGACCGAGGUUGAUUAGUAAUCAAUACUUAAAAGCAGGAUUAAGUGAAAUUACUUUUGGUUUCUUGGUAGUCUUAUUGGUCCUAAAUACUCUAUUAGCACUUGAAUUCAGUGACAGAAACUGGAUUUUCUGCCAUCCAAAGACCUCUUUUCCCUUUAUUAAAAACAAAAGAACCUAGGGAAAAUAUAUCUCUAUGGACUCAAUAUUAAAAACUCACAUUUUGAUGAUGCAGGAGAUGUAGAAAGAAAUGAGCUGGUUUCAUACUCUGACCUUAUUUUGGGCAAAUUACUUCCCUUCUUUGAACCCAAGUUUUUUCAUCUGUAAAAUGAAGGAGUAGGAUUGGAUUGCCUCUAAGGUCCCUUCUAGCUCUAAAUCUAUGGUCCUCUGAUUUUAUGAAAAAACCUUCCUUAGGACAACUCAGCAAGGUAAGAUUGUUAUGACCAUCCCUUUUAUUUGAUGAGGAAAUUGAGACCAAGAGAGUAGGCGCGGGCCUUACCCAAGGUCCUGGUGCCUUGCAGGACAUCCCAAGUGCUUCAUAAAUGUUCUGCCUUUCUGUUGACUGUUGGGAGUUCGGCUUGGAACUCAGCCCACUUUCUCUCCACUCCAGCUUGCUGCCUCUCCUUUAGGUUACUAGCCUUUUUGGUGGAAGCAGUGUAGGGGCUCUUAGGAGCUAGAACAGGGAGACCAGGGGAGAAGAACUGGCUUGAUUCUCGCCUGUGGGAUCAGGUUCCAGUUAACUUGUACCUACAUCACACUUAGCUAAUGCCUGAACCAGGGUUUUGUGUCAGUAAAAGGAUUCCAGGCAAAACUCCAUUGCAGCAUCAGAACACUGUUGUAACUAACUGCCAUGGGCCAAUCCCCCGUUUGAAAUGUUCCUGUGUAAUUACUGCUUCCCUGUAACAUCAUUCUGCUCAAACAAUAUGUUUUUGCAGAACUGAUCAACCUUAAGUGGGAUGUGGGCAACUAGGUGGCCCAGUGCCAGGUUGGAGAUGGGGGGACCUGGGUUCAAAUCUGGCCUCAGGUACUUCCUAGCUCUGUGAUCCUGGGUAAGUCAUUUAACUCCAAUUGCCUAACUCCUGCCACUUUUCUGUCUUAAAAUGGAUACUAAUGGAUACUAAAAUGGAUACUAAUAGAUACUAAAAUGGAUACUAAAACAGAGAAGGUAAGAGUUUUAAAAAAAUACCUGCAAAAACCCUUGAAGUGGGAUAGUUCAGUCCAAACAAGACAAUUACUAACAGGCUACAACCAUUACCAGAUGGAGUACCCGCACACUUUAGAAGGGUAUUAUCAGGAUUGACUUUCUGUGCCUUUUUUGAAUGCUUUAAAGGCCACACCUAAGACUGAAUUCCUCUAAACUUCCUUUUAUAAGACUUCUCAGUAAGGUUCACAUUGUUGGAAUUGUAAAAAUGGCCUCACUGAGAGAAUGUGACCAAAGGGACUAAAAUAUUUAUAUUUCUUAGAAACAGCCUUAGAAAAAAUCACAGUACUUAGUCGUCCACAUAUACUAAAUAUUUUUUAAGUUGUAAAAACUAUAGGAGCGCUAUGCUCAUAUUUUAAAUCUGGGAGUUUAGACAACAAACUUAAUUUGCUUGAAUGAUUUAUUGGCAUUGGAUGAGUGAAGGAGUAUCCCUUGUUUAAUUCUCAUUAUUAGCUUUCUUUUCUUUCUUUUUUAGAUUGGAGAAUUUGUACUCAAUUCUCCUUCCUUCCCUCUCAAUUUGGAUAUGAUUUCUGAACCAGUGAGUAGCUAUCUACAAUAAAAUUUAACUAUGUAGUGUAUGGGUUAUACGAUCCUAUUUUGAUUAUUGUUUAUACUUCUUUGGUGGGAAGUAUGCCUUAAGUGCAUAUCAUUAAUAUUCAUUGUAUGGUACUAUGUGUAAAUGGGCCACAAGUUAUAGACAAAGGUCAGGGAAUCUUGGAAACAUAGUUGUGACAGCUCUAUUUUCUAGAUUCUGCUUAAAGAAAACAAUGGGUUGUCGGACAUGCUAAAAUUCUCAUCAUGAAGAAUAAAGAGGGCCUAAUUUGUAAUUAGGGCUGAUUCCCAAAGUUUUUCCUAUUAAUCUUACUGACAAUAUGAGAGGAUAAAUGAAAUGAUACAUGAAUGUUUUUUGGUGGAGGAGGUAGGGAGGACCUCAUAAGUUAAGUAAGCCCAAAGAAAUGGUACUCUAACUCUUUUGCUGGAAACGGGAAGCUCAGAUUAAGGGGAAGAAGAGGUACUUUUAAUCCUAAUGUCCAUGCAAAGAACCAAUUCUCUAUGUCUCCUUUCUUCAUUUUUCUGCUUUGAUUCUGCCUCCUUUAUCUUUGCAUAAAUGCAUCCCAGAAGUGGCUUCCUUCCUUUCUGCAGAUGUGACAGCAGUGAAUGAUCAGUGCUUAAAAAUGUCAACUGGUCGAUCCAGAGCCAGUGAUGGGGGCCAUGCUUUAUGCGGGGAAGAAAGACGGCCGUAGCAGCCUCCCCCAAACUGGGUCCCAACCCAACUUGAAUGGGGCCACAUAGGAACUCUGUGAUUGCUGCUUCUCAUCACUGUUGCUCUGUAGCCUUUGUCUCAUUCCAAAGAGGUCAUUGUCUCCCUCUUGUUUCAGACUGUGACCCAUUUUGAAAUGCAUUUUUCAAAUCCUCCCCUUUGUUGAAAACAAAGUUCUUUGUACACCAGGCAGGGAAUCAGGCCUGUUAUCAUCUACAUUAUGUCCAAUUGGGCCCAUUUUUUCCUCUAAAUAAAGUGGUAGGAAGUGAAACUAUUUGUAUAUGUUGAGGUUUAUAAGGGUUCAGGAACCCAAGACAAAAAUAAUAAACUAUUUAUUACUCAUUGUAUUUUGAUUUGAAAAUUUGAUAACUGUUCUGUCUUUACAUGUUUUUUAAACAAAUAUAAAGUAACUACUUCACCUUUGGUGCCUUCCAAGUUGUCGGGUAAGCACUUGUUAAUCAUGAAGAUGAAAGAGAUGUAAAUUUAUUGUCAGUAAACACUAUUUUUGUAGCAUGGUCCUAUGAGCUUGUCUUUUUAAUAUUGCUUUCAGUGAUGCCAAUUGUAAUAUUUAACCAAUUUUCCUUUUGUGAACUAGUUAGCCGAUUUGCCCCUCUUUUUUCCCCUUCAUUGGUUUGAAAGGACUGGCCCUUUUCCUUGCUUCCUCCCUUUCUUCAUUUUGUUUGAGCAAGACCGAGAAUAAGAACAUUUUUACAUGCAACAAUUGAUUAUCAGUCUAAUUCUAGUUCUUGUUUGGAAAUGUUUUUGGAAUCCACACGUAGAGCUAUUCUUCCUAUUUAUGUGCUUAUACGUUAUGUUAUAUUCCUAAAUAUGUGCUUAUAACAAAUCAACAAAAGUUGGUUUCAUAAUAGAAGGGGAAAAUCUAGUCAGUCUCUCAUUAUCUCUGGCUUCUUGGGGAUUAAUAUUCUCACCUGAAUAAGUCAUGCUAGGGAGUGGUGUUGUUUGAAUUACUUAUUUUCCUGAGUCAAAAUCUGGCCCUUUUCAUCUCCAUAACCUACUUAAAACCGUAGAAUGUUAGAUCUGAGGGAGAAGCAUAGAGUCAUCUAGUCUAACUCCCUCAUUUUAUAGAGGAGGGGAAACCAAGUCUUAAAGGGUUGCCUUAUUAAGUCAAUGAAAAGAACAAAGCCCACAGACCUUGCCUGAUCUUGAUAGUGAGUGAGUUCUCUAUCACUGCUAGGAGGUGAGUGGUGGUGUUUAAUGAACCCUGAAUGAUGACUUGUCUGGGUAUUUUAGUGUAGAGCAAUCCAUCUUUAGGGAAAAGUUGGCUUAGAUGACUUCUAAGGCUUCUUCCAGACUCAGGAUUCUGUGAAAUGACUUGUCCAAGAUCAUAUAACAAAGGCUGGGAAUCUAUUGCAUUUCCUACUUUACCAUUCUUUCCCCACCCAGUGAGAAAAGUACAGGUUACCAACUAGAGCUUCUAACAUACUAUUUGGAGUAAAACUCUUUAUUUCUGUUUUUAGAUUGUCAUUUUAUGGUUUAGUGGCUUUCUUUAAGUUUCUAGAUAAAAAAAAAAAUUAUUAUAGAGAUGACUUGCUGGAGAAUCCUUUUUUCCUCUUCUCUGUGGGGCCAUUGAAAUGUCUGGCCAAGGAAAAAUAAUCUUAGUGAUAUGGUGAAGUCACUGUGUAAAAAAGAAAAAGCACUAAUGAUUUUAGAAACAUCACUUAAUUUUAGACUAGAAAUUUUAAAUGUUUCUUUCCUCAAGUCUCCCACUUUAUUUUUCUUUUUGAGGGGGUAAUAAGAAAGAGAAGGGUCAAAGUUAGUUGUAGGUAUUUUGUGGCAAAUGAAGUGUCAAGUCAAAUGGUAAACUUACUACCACACUUUUCCAACAGCUCCUUACCCCAGUUUAAGCCAGUGAUUUUUCCCCCCUCUAGAAGUACUAUUAACUGGAUCAAAAUUAACCUUGAUGUAGCUUCUGUUUCCUGUAAGUGAUAUAUUUCUUUCUCUUUCUGGACACUUUAAAGGUACAACCAUUCCGCAUUUCCAUUCAUUUUAUGAACUUGAUUUUUUAAGUAUAACCUUGUGUAGGUUGUAUUUGCUUUUUUGGGUCUAUUAACUGAAAUGGAAAGAUUGUCAUUUCAUAAUGAUGAUGUUACAAAAAGUGAAUUCACAUUUUCUGUUGAUUCUGAUUGUUUAAAAAUGGUGUGUUUUGCUUGUUAUAUGUUUUUUAAAAGGGCAUAAUAUGAAGGGUUUUUUUUGUAAUUUCCUGAUUUCAAAUGAAGUAUUAUGUUUAUUGAUUUUUUUUUUGCUCCCCUACCCACAUUUUUACUCUCUUCAUUUUGAUAUACCAAGAUGCCGAAAAACUUCACAAGUUUUCAUGGUUCUUGUCUUGAUCGUUUUCAUAGUGGUAAAAUCUGUAUUUUUGUAUGUAAGGGGAGAUGAUUUUCUGAAUACUAAUCUCUGAUAAAUAUUGUACGAAAUUGUUGUGAAGGAUUUCUUGUGAAUAAAUGGAUAUGGCUAAACAAA